AUGAUUUAUCAGAAGAGAAAAUAAACUCAAGGAAAUUAAUUUUUCUUAUGUAUUCUUAAAGACACGAACCUAGAAAUGCCUCAUUAGCUGUCUAACAAGUAAAAAUUAUUAAAAAAUAAAUUCAACCUAAUAAAAAAGAUGGCAAACCUAGAUAUUUAACUCCAAAAAAAUUAAGUCAAUCAUUUUAAGCUAGAUUACAAGAGCUUCCAAUAAUAUCUAAGAAUCCAAAAAAUUAAUUUUAUAUUACUUAAAUAUUUACUCAAAUCAAAAAAAAAGAAAAAAAUCCAUAUUUAUAGGAUUGGAAUUAAAAAUUUGAUUCUUUGGUAUGUGGAACUUUAAGAACAUUCAAUUAAAGUAAAGAAUAAAAAUUAUUCAAUAAAUCAUUUAGUUUCGAAGAGUAAUAAGAAAUGA